UUUGUAUGCAAAUGAAGUUUUCUAAAUAAAAUAGUUGUUAGCAAGUACAAAAUGAAACUGUAGUGCACAAAAGAAAAAAGCAAAACAAAAUACGACUCUGACUACCUGACGUUGACGGAUCCAUCAGAAUUAUGUGUCCUGUGCCGAUAUGGGGAUUUUUUUUUAAGAUAUUACUAGAUCAUCAGCUUUCAGUUGCCGGUCUCAUUCAACUGAUGGAACAGGCGUAACGCGAAUUCAUUGCGGCUAGAAUGAGAAACGAGAAGGAUAGCGCUAGUCAGGGCAAAAGAUCGUGGUCCAUUGUGUGUUGACAGUUCAUUGCUCAUUCGUCAGAACCUAACCUCAGAAACUCCUUUCACCUGUCAAAAAGCAAAACCAUAAACAGCACAUGACAAAAAAAAACACAAAAUGAAUAAACAAUGGGCACCACAAAAAAUGGUCAUUCUUAGAAAUAACCACUGAGUGGCUGCUUUAUACAAAAAAUGUCGUUGAAAGGUGGUGAAGUGGAUCCAAUAAAAAAUGAACGAGCUGGUAAUGUAAGGGAGGUUGGCUCGCAAGCUAUUUGGAGUUUAUCAUCUUGUAAACCGGGAUUUGGUGUUGAUCAACUUCGUGAUGAUAGAGCAGACACAUAUUGGCAGUCUGAUGGACAGUUACCUCACCUUGUUAACAUACAAUUCCAAAAGAAAACAACAAUAAGUGACAUAUACAUAUAUACAGAUUACAAAUUAGAUGAAAGCUAUACUCCCAGCAGGAUAUCAAUAAGAGUGGGAACACAUUUCAAUGAUUUGCAAGAAAUUGAAGUUGUCAUGUUAACAGAACCUUCAGGUUGGGUUCACGUUCCAGUAAAAGACAUAAGAGAUAAGCCAAUUCGAGUGUUUAUGAUACAGAUAGCAGUAACCAGUAAUCAUCAAAAUGGAAGAGAUACCCACAUGCGACAGAUCAAGAUCCACAGUCCUAUAGAAAAUACAGGAGUUCCAGUAGAAAAUUUUCUCAAUUUUUCUACUAUGGAUUUCCAACAGUAUACUACCAUAAGAUAAACUAGCCAGCAGUUACAAGCUAUUUAUUAUAAAUUUUAUAUAAUUUUUUUUACAUUAAAAAUAUUUUCUAGUA